CUGGCUGGCUGCGAAGGCGAGCGUCCACCCUCUCAUCUGGCUGCGACGGCGAGUUCCACCCUCUCGUCUGGCUGAGAUGGCGAGUGUCUACCGUCUCGUCUGGCUGCGACGACGAGCUUCGUCUGACUGCGACGAGUUAACCACCGUCUCGUAUGGCUGCGACGGCGAGUUCUACCAUCUCGCCUGUCUGCGACGGCAAGUUCCUCAUCUCGCCUGGCCGCGACGACGAGUGUCCACCGUCUCGCCUGGCUGCGACGAUGGCGAGUUCACCGUCUCGUCUCCUCUGCGAUGACGAGUCCUCAGUACCGUCUCGCCUGGCUUCGACGAUGAGGGACACCGUCUCGUCUGGCUGCCACGACGAGCGUCCUCGGUAUGGCUGCAACGACGAGUUCCACCGUCUCGGUUCGGCCGGCCUUCGACGGCGAGUUCCUUGUAUCGUCUGGCUGCGACGAGUAGUCCACCGUCUCGUCUUCGACGACGGCGAGGCCCUCCGUACCGUCUCCCUGCUCCGGCGAGUUCUACCGUCCUCUCGUCUGGAUGCGAAGAGGAGGUCCACCGUCUCGUCUGGCUGCGAUGGCGAGGUGCACCGGCUGGCUGCGACGACGAGGGCCACCGUCCUCUCGUCUGGAUUCGACGACGAAGAGGUCCACCGUCUCGUCUCGUCUGUGACGAGGUCUCCGUCCUCCCGUCUAUGUCACGUCCGCCUCGUCCGUCGUCCUCUCGGCAGCGACGAGCGAGGUCCACCGUCUGUGGCUGGCCGUGACGGCGACGAGGUCCACCGUCUCGUCUGCGACGGCGAGUGUCCACCGUCUGGUCUGGCUGCGACGACGAGUUCGCCGUCCUCUCGUCUCGUCUGCGACGAGGUCCACCGUCCUCGUCUGGCUGCGCCGCCGAGUGUCCACCGUCCUCGCGUCUGCGACGGCGAGAUCCACUGUCUCGUCGGGCUGCGACGGCGAGUGUUCACCGUCUCGUCUAGCUUCGACGAGUGUCCACCGUCUCGACUCGGCUGCGACGGCGAGCGUCUCGUCUGGCCUGCGAAGGCGAGUUCCACGGUCUCGUCCGGGUGCGACGACGAGUUCCACCGUCCUCUCGACCUCGCUGAGCAUCCUACGUCUCGCUCGUCUGCGACGACGAGUUCUACCGUCCUCUCGAUGGCUGCGAGGACGGCGAGGUUCAUCGUCUCGUCUCGCCUGGCUGCGACGACGAGUUCGACCGUCCUCUCGGCUGCGACGGCGAGUUCACCAUCUCAUCGUCUGGCAUCGACGACGAGUUCUCCCGUCUCGUCUAACCUGCGACGGCGAGUUCUCGGUUCGGCCUUCGACGACGAGUGUCCACCCUCUCGACUCAUCGGCUGCGACGACGAGGGCCACCUUCUCGGUCUGCGAGUUCACCGUCUCGUCCGGGUGCGACGGCGAGGGCCACCGUCUCGGCUGGCGGCGACGGCGAGUUCUACCGUCUCGUCUCAUCUGGCUGAGACGAGCGUCCGCCGUCUCGACUGGCUGCGACGAUGACGAGUUCCACCGUCUCGUCUCGUCUUCGACGACGACGAGCUCUAUCGUAUCGUCUGCGACGACGGCGAGUGUUUACCGUCUCGUCUGAUCUGCGAAGGCGAGGUCCACCAUCUCGUCGGGGUGCGACGACGAGCUUCGUCUGGCUGCGACGAGUAGUCCACCGUCCUCUCGGCUUCGACGACGGCGAGUUCUAUCGUCUCGUCUGAUCUGCGACGACGAGGUCCACCGUCCUCUCGUCUGAUCUGCGACGGCGAGUUUCACCGUCUCGUCUGGCUGCCAAGGCGAGGUCCUCAGUAUCGGCUGGCUGCGCCGCCGAGUGUCCACCGUCCUCUCGUCUGGCUGCGACGACGAGUGUCCCCGUCUCGUCUCGCCUGGCUGCGACGGCGAGCGUCCACGGUCUCGUUUAAUCUGCGACAGCGAGUUUUACCGUAUCGUCUGGCUCAC